UAAACUUAUUUAAAUAAAGAUGAUCAAUGACCCAUUAGUAAUGUUUGGCUCUAUCAAGAUCUUUGACGGGCUCUUCAUAGGAGAUGAAAUAGCUGCUGGUGAUUUAGAAUUCAUCUCUACCAACAAGAUUAAAUAAGGUCAUCAACUGAUCAAGCCAACAAAUUCCUAACCAUUGGAGCUCGAUAGGGAUCGAAUACCUCUCUUUUGAUUGGAGAGAAGAGUACAGUCAAAUCCAUGUUGAUGAGAGUACUUGUAAUGAAAUCUAUCGAUUUAUUGAAACUGGACUUUCUCAAUCAAAUUCAAUCAUGGUGCAUGGGAUCCAUAACCAGAGCACUUCCUACUUGGCGAUCUCUAUCUACCUCAUGAUGAAAUUCAGCUGGAGUUUGAGACAAACAUAUGAUUAUAUGGUGAUAAAACAGCCCAAUUUCUUCCUCACUCCUCACUUUGAGUCUAUAGCUGAGCUAGUCGAGAAAUUUGUUAGCCUAAGAACUCAGCACGAAUCACAGAAUUCAAUAACAGCACAAAAAGAUUCUGCCAUUGCUAAAGGUAAAGUUAAUAAACAAGAAGAAGAGAAGAAUGACAAAGUGGUUAUUUGGAACACCUUCAUUAACACCAAGGUUGGAUUUGACCAAAAUCAAGCACCUCAGGUGGAUACUGCUGGGUCUACCAGAAUGCCCAGUGGCAGAAAUGAUCUACCAAAGAUCGCCGAAGAAGAAAACAAAGAAUCGGUCAAAGAUUCAAGUGAUAAUAGACAGCAGUACCAAGGAAUGGAGUACUCCCAAGGCAAAAGCUCAUCAGGUGUCCGUUGGCCUGAUGAAGAUGGGUCUACAAACCCUAUAUCCAGAACUAUCCCAGGUUCUGAGCUAGAGCCAUCAUGUUCUGAUGGUGUAAUCGAUAAAAUAACUGCUCACAAACGAUUCCCUUCCUACAAAGUAAAGCCAAUAAUAAAGCAGACGAAUAUGGCAUGGAUCCCUGAGAAAGAGGGGUACCAGAAGAAUUACCUUUCAUUUUACCCAAAGAACAUCCAAGAUAGCUUUGUUUCGCCUACUUCUCAAUGCAAGAUGGCUCAAACAGAGGAUCACUCAAGAAGGAUAUUCACCAAUGACUUUGAUCAAUAUAAUGAUGAAGUCCACGAUGCCAUCUGAGAAAAUAUAUCAGGCAAUGAUUUACACAAAUUCGUUCAAGAUCCUCAGGAUAUCAUUAAAGGAGUUGUAGCUGCUAGCGAAGAAGUAGGAGCUGCCCAGCAAGCUCCUCUUGUUGGAUACAGCAAUUCAAAUGCAAAAUUUAGAGCCCAAAACACACAGGAUGAAUAUAACAACUCUAUGAAGCAAUUGCCUCCUGACAGAGUAGAAAAGAUUACACUUCCAUUAAAGGAUUUCUUGACCACAUCUAGUAGUCUCUUAGGAAGAACAAAGAAUAGGUUUAGAUCAAGCCAAGAGUGGAUGAACAAGGCCAGACCUUUUAAAAGAAAGAAUCUAAACUUUUAUCCUUCCUCAAGACUCAAUCCAGAGAAAGGACCUAAGUCUCGCAGAAUUUAUUCUAAGCCACAGUCUGCGAAAAGAGGAAAUGCACAUCAACAACCCUUAGUCCCGUACCAGCGCAAUCUGUUAAGCAGAGGGAUGGGAAGGAUGACUAGCAGGAACAUGCCUAAAAACAUUGUUCAUCUCAGCAAUAACCCACCAACAAAAAGCAAGAAGGCUCUGUUUUCUCAGUCUCUAAAAGAGACUAACUCCUUCUUCGUCAUUGGUCACAAUAAGGCUUUACUCAAAGAUGGGAAUAUCCUGGUAGAUCAUGGAGAAGCCAACGAAGUCCAAAGAUUAAGGAAUCUUAAAAAAAACAAACCCAAAAUGAGAAGAAAGACAUUCAGUGCUAAGCCUAAAGGGAAGACUCUGGACUCAAAUAACAAUGCUGGCUAUAGGAUGUCUCAUGCAGGUAAGUCUUGUCUGAAUAAAGAGUACAGACCUCAAGAAUUUAGCCAUAAAGACCAAAACCGGUAGAUCCUCUAAUAGGAAAUACAUAAAAAUUAAAAAUUCUUCUGGGCUUAGUUCUAAUUUAUCCAAAGUACAGAUUAGAGGAAUUAAGAAGCAGAGGAACCCUAAGAAUCUGAAGGCAACCAAGAAGCCAAAGAAUAUUGAUGAAUUAGACAAUUUAGGUUCGAGUAAUUACCAAUCUCUCAAGAAGAACAAG